AUGUCGAAUACAUGGAUACCACCGGAUAUUACUCCCGUCUGCGAGACGGCACUGGCACCUUUGACGCAGUGCUCCCAAACUGGCUACAUGUUUUUGGCCCUAGUGACGCAAUUAUUCGGGAAAUCCAUAGACAAAAGGUAUUCAAAAGUGAACCCAUUUUCCCCGGAACAUGAUACAUUUUACAAUGUACAAAGGUUUCCCUCUCGCGGUGUUUCCAGGGCAUAUGAGCCGUUUACAUCGUAUCAGACGAAUUUCGACUCUCAUCCGCCACACACACAGACUCAUAUGGAAUAUUCAAAUAUACCGAAAUUUGAUUUUGAAGAUUCCUUCAAACAUUAUUCGAAUAAGGAACCUGUUUUUGAGUUUAAUUUUGAUGGACGUGCCGAUUCAGCCUUUGCGGCUUCAAAGAAAACCGAAGUGAAGGAAAAAGUAAAAGAAAAGAAAAGGAAAAAGAGGCAUAUACAGGAAUAUGACUUCAUUAUAGUUGGAGCUGGCUCAGCUGGGUGUGUUUUAGCAAACCGAUUAUCAGAAGUCAAAAAAUGGAAGAUCCUUCUUCUCGAAGCCGGGCCGGAGGAGCCAGACGUGACAAGCGUGCCAGCAUUCGCGACAAUAUUGGGCAAUUCAAAUAUAGACUGGAUGUAUAGAACUCAGCCAGAAAAAUUGACCUGUCGCGCACAGAGGGGACAGACUUGCGCCUGGUUCAGGUAA